AUCCUUCUCCCUUCAGCAGUUCAGCCCUGCGACUCAGCAGUCUCUCCGUCUCCACUCUCUCUGUCUCUCCACCGCGAUUCUCCAGUCUCCACCGGCUGCCGGCCUUAGUCUUCUCCGUCUGGCGUCUGCUACUCUGCUCCGUUUCCCUUCGGCUUUCCUAACCCACAAAGGCCCAAACCAAACCAGACAUUAGAGUUAUAAUAGAAGGAUUUUAGCUUUUGAUUUCGAGUGACGCAUAAAUUUAAUGGCUCCCACCGUAGCGGAUGCAAGUAGGGAUUUAAUAAGUCCUCUCCCGCUAGAGGUAAAGCACAUAAUUUUGGAAUGUUUGCCCACCAGAGAUGCUGCCAGAAGUCCAGAACUGCUCUACUCUCAACCCACUGGAAUAAUGUUUGGAGGCAGCAUGGGAGUCUUGAGUUCUCAAAUAGUGACCAACAGGGUCACAAUGAUGAAGGCAGAACUCUCGUUGACAUAAUAAAUAAUAUUCUCUUAUCUCGUGCUGGACCGGUUAAGAAAUUUAGUCUAGAUAUUACAAAUUAUUAUCCUGAGCUGCGACAGUCUGAUUUCAAUAGGUGGUGUUUUUUUCUAUCAAGAAAUGGUGUGGAGGAGCUUAACAUAUGUUUUUUUAGUUGGCUAGAGGCUAAAUAUAAGCUGCCAUUUUGUAUACUCUCGUGAUUGUCGAAGGUGCCUGUAUUGAUUUACCUGUAAAUAAUGUUGGUGGUAUAUUUUCCAAUGUCACUUCAUUAUCUUUCGAGGAAGUUGAAUUUAGACGCACUGUUAAUGGAACUGCCUCUAGUAUUAGUAUUCCUAACCUUGAGAGGCUGAAUUUCUCUGAUUGUGGAGGGAUUGAUAAAUUUGAGAUCAGCGCUUCAAAACGUGAAAUGUUGGCUGUUCGUCAUUCUGUGUAUAGUGUGGUUGAAUCAAGAUGGUUGACACCACAUUUGAAAGCAAUUAAGGCUCUUUGGUUGUGUGGCUCUUCCUUGCGGUAUAUGGAUGCAUCUUUGUUUGCAACUGCAAUAAAUCUCCAAGUACUGCGGUUGUAUGAUUUAAGUUUUGCUUGUGGGAAGGAGCUCACUGUUGUUAUGCAAUUGCUUCAAAAAUGCCCCAACCUAUGUGAACUAGGAAUUACGGCUAAUGAGGCAGUAUGCGACCGUGAUAUAGAAGCUGCUUCAAGACUUUUGGAGGAUCCAGAUGGUUGCUUUAUUGUUCAGGAUCUAAAGAUGCUUAACACAAUCAAGAUUGAAUCAUUUAGGGGAUUCACAGUCGAAACGCUUUUUGUAAAAAUGCUGCUCUCAAAAUCCCCCGCGCUAGAGGAAGUUGUUAUUAUGGAAUGUGUUGAUAUUGACACAUCUAUAGCUGUCAAAAGCCUAAGGGAGUUGUUACGUUUUCCUCGUGCAUCUCCAAAAGCCCAAAUUGUUUGCAUGGAACACGUUUAUUCCAUGAUGGGUUGGACCAUGGGCGAAUUGUGGUCAACGGGGAUUUGCUAGAGUGUGCCGAAAGAUGCAAAGAUGAUAAAAGCGUAGCUCUGGUGAGCAUGAUAAAUGACAUUCGAUCUCUUGCGCCAUGCCGGCUGCCGUGUUAAGAAAUUUACUCUAUGCACUCCUUGUGGAGUAAGAAACCUAUCCUAUUAUAUUUGGCAAUCAUGAUUUGUUUUCUUAAUUUCCUCAUGGUUGGUACUUAAUUUUCAUUUCUUGUUGAGUUGUAGACAUGAGAUAAGACGUUCGGAGGAUCUUGAUUGAAGAUUGAACAACUGUUUUAGGGCAUACACACUUGUAAUGUAUUUUGUGAAAAUGUUGCUCUUCAAAUCACUUGGAGAAAGUUGUUAUUCAAGAAUCA